UUGUUUACAUAAGGCUGUCUUUUCUAGAGCUAGGUGCAGAGGUCCGGUUUGCCUAAAACUCUUUGGUAGCAGCUUAAGUUACCUGUCUAGGUAAAUUAUGUCUGUGAAACACGCUAUUAGCCGGGGGCUCGAGUUAGGCCGGUCGGUCUUUCAGCUCGGUCUCCUAAAAUCUGGUGGCCGACUCGCAGCAAAGCUCCGAGCUGAUCGUUUCCGUGUAGGCCCGUCGGUCCGCACCGUUCAGCCUCAGGCUUUCCUGCCGUCUCGGUACCGAUAUUACCGCACUUCUCUGAAAGGCCUGGCAGCUCAGCUUCAGUCCACCGGCUUCAGGAGGAGGUUUGCUGGUGGGUCCCCGCGUAACAGAGCCGUAUUUUUGGCUUUCGGUCUCGGUGUGGGGCUCAUCGAACAGCAGCUGGAGGAUGACCGAAAGAGUGCUUCAACAUGCCAGGAGAUCCAGGCUGUUUUUAGGAAGAAGAAAUUCCAAAGCCCACUCAAGCCAUUCACCUCUGGGUAUAAACUGGAUGAUUACAUUAUAGGCAACCAGAUUGGCAAAGGGUCUAAUGCAGCUGUGUAUGAGGCUGCAGCUCAGUUUGCUCCUCCAAAGGAAGGUGACAGAAAAUGCUCCCUGGUGCAGAUAACAGAAGAUAAAGAGGAAACAGAAACACCUCGAUCUCUGACAUGCUGCUCACUAAGAAACUUCCCUCUUGCUGUCAAGAUGAUGUGGAACUUUGGGUCUGAGUCAUCGAGUGAGGCAAUUUUAAAGUCCAUGUCUCAGGAGCUGGUGCCUGCAGGCCCUCUUGCCUUUAAGCAGGAAAAAGAAGAAAUUGCUCUGGAUGGACAUUUCGGAGUCCUGCCCAAAAGAGUGUCAGCACACCCUAAUGUGAUCAGAGUGUACCGGGCUUUUACGGCAGACGUUCCAUUGCUACCAGGUGCUCAGGAAGAAUAUCCAGAUGUGUUGCCGCCCAGGCUUAACCCUGCAGGCCUAGGCAACAAUCGCACUCUUUUCUUGGUCAUGAAGCACUAUCCAUGCACAUUGAGGCAGUACCUGGAAGUGUCCACACCAAGCUGCCGGCAGGGCGCUCUGAUGGUGCUGCAGCUCCUUGAGGGGGUCGACCAUCUGUGCAGAGAGGGUGUUGCUCACAGGGAUCUAAAAUCAGACAACGUGCUGUUAGAGUUCGACUCAGAUGGUUGCCCUCGUUUAGUGAUUUCUGACUUUGGCUGCUGUCUGGCCCAGAGCAAUUCUAGUCUGCAGCUGCCCUUCAACAGUAUUUGGGUCAGCAAAGGAGGGAAUGCUUCACUUAUGGCUCCUGAGGUGGCCACUGCAGUUCCAGGAUGUGGUGUGGUUAUUGACUACAGCAAGGCAGAUGCCUGGGCCGUGGGCGCCAUUUCCUACGAGAUAUUUGGACAGCAAAAUCCAUUCUAUCGAGCAGUGGGACUGGAGAGCAGGAAUUACCAGGAGAAGCAGCUCCCUCCUCUACCCUCCAGUGUUCCAGCUGAUGUGCAGUUUUUGAUACGAUUACUCCUCAGGAGGAACCCAAACAAGCGCCCCACUGCCCGUGUGGCAGCUAACAUGCUACAUCUCAGCCUCUGGGGUCGGAAGGCUCUGGCUAAUCAGGACAGCGUGGGCAUGAGGAGGCUGGCUGAUUGGUUGCUGUGCCAGUCUGCUGUGGUUCUACUUAAGGGCUGUAAGGGGCCUAGUGGGAACAGAGUGGAGGCGGAGCUUCAGAGGAGCUUCCUGGCUAACCUGGACCUGGAGGACCUGCGCACUGCUGUAGGUUUCCUCCUCUAUGGGCGAGAGCAGAACCGGGCCUGCAUACUGUCUGCAUAGAUUUACUCAAACACAUAACAUAGAGUCACUGAUGUGGAUAAACUGGGAGUUGAAACUUGCUUUCAUACUCGUUAGACACCUAAAUGUGUGGAAUUUAUUGUUUUAGCUGUAACAUCUAAUGGCUAUUACAGUUUUAUGCCACCUGUGACUGUCAGUAGUUUGAGUAUUUAUCAUGAAUUGCUAAAUGGUAUAAUUCACCCUUUUCAUGUAUCUUUACCCUACCCUCAAACCUGUGUCCUCUAAUGCUGCUAAAGUUAGUGAUCUCCAUUUCCCACAAUAUGUUCUUGUGAAUGUGUUUCACUCAGCAUCACUACUUUAACAACAGGAGCUCAAGCAAAGUGUUACUUAUGUUCCUUGUAUAAAAUGUAGUUUGUCUUAUAAGUGCAAUGCAUUGUCGGACUACUGAGGCUGCUGUUGGAGAGUUGGUGUGUUUAAUUUAUCCCAAAAUUAGAGUUGCUUGGCAGCACCAAAUAAUCCAAACCACCAGUUGCUUCCAGUAAUUCUAUUAUGAGUGGAUAUUUUCUUUUCCAAACUAUGAUGCACUUUUUAAUAUUGGCCAGGAAAAAACUCACAUUCAUGCAGUUAUUUUUACAACUGUGAAAAAAAGUUUUGUACCAGUGAAAGUGGAGGCCAAUGCAGAGAUCUUAGGAUGAAGUAGAAGAAUAGAUUGUACUUGUUAGACUCUACUGUGUAGGGUGAAACCACAUUUAAAAUUCACAGGUAGGACACAGUCCAUAAAGUUUCCCCAUGAAGAUCUGGUUGCCAGUGGACACGUGCAACGUUGCAGUCAGUCAUGAACUAUUAUUUGAUAGCUAAUGAACUUAAUACAUUGAACGCCUGUCCAAAAUGUUAGAACAUAUGAAUCACAUUGAUCCUGAUGUUGCAUGCAUGAAAACUGAUCAACCUUGAGGAUGUGAUUGUGUUCCACAUUGCUCCUGUUUGCACUUUAUGCCCAUGUUUGCACCUGCGCAGAACUAUUAUAGCAUACAAGUGUUUCCAGCUAAUGUAAUACACCUAUUAAAUAAUAAUUGAAAUAUUGGGACUUUGCAAAUCAUCCUAAUGUGAAUGGUUGUCAGAGGGGAUUAAAGUGAUCAAGUGUGUGUAUAUGGCUUCAUACAAGAGAGUGUGAGAUAUAUUUUAGAUAUAUGUAGAUUUUACUGCAGUGUUUCCCAAUAAAAGUGUCAAAGAGCCCUGAA